AUGUCACCGAUUGUGACUUCACUUGCCGCACCGACUCGACGGCUUGAUUUGAAAUCCUCCGCCAUCAUGGCGUCGUCACCAUCCUCCGCCUUGACGGGCGUCAUCAUCGGUCUGGUGUCCUCUUUUGGCUCCAUCGUCCUCAUAUUCCUCAUCGUAUUCAUCUUUUGGGCAUCUGGAUGCGCUGGCUCAGGUCGAAUCAUCCUCGAUCGUAUCGGCCGACCCGGAGAAUAUGACGAUGAGCAGGCAUUUGCAAGGGAAGAGGCUGAGGCCUUGGAGAAUAUGGAUGACAUGUCAAGGACGGAGUACCUGAGGGCCAAAGCCUUCGUUACUGCGAACCCUCCCGAGUCCGCGCAAACAGACAUCUCGCUCUCGCAGUACCUUGCUAUCCAAGAAAAAGGCGUCUCUGCUUGGGAGUUUGAACCCGAGCUGGAAAUUGCGAAUUGCUUCGUCGAGGCCCGAACCGAAAUUGAAUUCUUCGACUCCGAGUGCACCGUCAUGAGCAACUUGCCUGUGCCUAAACAGAACGACGUCUACUACUGGGAAGCCAAGAUUUACGACAAGCCCGAAAAUACACUGAUUGCUAUCGGUAUGGCUACCAAGCCAUACCCUCUCUUUAGAUUACCAGGCUACCACAAGUAUUCCGUCGCUUAUCAUUCCAAUGGCUCGCGUCACUAUAACCAACCAUUCAGCCGAACUCCAUAUGGUCCCCAGAUUGUCACCGGCGAUGUUAUUGGUGUUGGAUACAGACCGCGCACAGGCGUCAUCUUCUUCACACGAAACGGCAAGAAGCUCGAAGAGGUGGUCCAUGGCUUAAAGUCCCAAAACUUCUUUCCAGCCAUCGGAGCAAACGGCCCCGCUUCAGUCCACGUCAAUUUCGGUCAAUCUGGUUUCGUCUUCAUCGAGGCAAAUGUCAAGAAAUGGGGCCUGGCCCCUGUCACGGGCAGCCUGGCUCCCCCGCCCCCGUACGGUUCUGAGCAAGGCAGCAUUCUCCUGGAAACUGGCACCAAAGACGGCUUCUCUUAUUCACAGGGCCGCGCUCAUCGACACUCUGUGAGCGGCACACCGUACAACGUCCGAGCUGCCGAGAAUGACUUGAACCUAAACGUACAGCACGGACGGUCACGGAGCGGAAAUUUCAGAGUCCUACCUCCUACUAGCCCCGGUCCCGUCAGGAGUCCAACCGAUAUCUCCCUUGCCCAACUCGUGCCAUCGGAUGAGCAUGGUGAGCCUAGUAGCAGCAGCACGAAUCUCGCCGAUGAGCAGCAUCUGGAUGAGAAUCCUCUUCAUCUCCACCUUGAAGACGCCACCAACCCGCCACCCGAUUACUCAAGCCCAACGCUCCAUCAGGGCCGUAAUCGACAGUACAGCAGCGACAGUGAAGAGGAGGAAUACACACCUCUUAUCCAUGUUAUGAACCGCAGUAGAGGCGAAUCAUCCGCAACAAUACGGCCUGCAGGACAUGGCCAACCCGCUUUACCCGAGGAUCCUGUUCCGAGCUACAGCGAUGCGAUACAACAGGGAGCGAGCCCACUACGCCGAGAAAGAAGCGAUAGUUCUGAAUCUGGCGGCUCCAAUCACAGCUCGAAUAGCGGAGCUUCAUCAAGCUAAGAUAGACUUGUUCAAUUUUCAGCAAACGAUUUCACGAAAACGGAGAUACCAAAAGUUAACAUCUCGAGAACACCGCUACUCAUCAACCUAAAUAUCAAUCCGACACCAGGGUGAGAGGUGUAAACGGAGCCACUAGGCAUUGCUCUCAUCCUCACAUUCAUACAUACCACAUACACAAUACCAUCUUGCACAUUGUUAUAUCUCUUUUGCACGGGCGCCUUGGAGUUUGUAUAGCAUUGGGAUUCACCGCCACGGCGGCAACACGUCGACCCAAUGGGUCUUUUUUUUGUCUUUAUAUGCGGCACUGCCUCCUCUCCUCAGACCUUAGAAUAGGCCCCUUAUUCUUUUUUUCUGCCAUGGAUGGAAACAUUUGCACGGAAUACUAAGGAGGGCCAUGAUACGAUACCAACCUCUUUGAAGGCCUUGGCGAACUGCGACUACUUGGAUUUUUUCUUUUGUCUCUUCUGCAAACUCUGAGCGAGCUGAGCUUUUGGGGUAGCAUGAGUUGUAGAUAGCUGAUUAAAUAGUAUAAGGGCUUCAUUUUGGCAGUAA